GUUGAAUUGGAAGUUAUUGGGAAGGAGUUUGGGUAUACAUUUGUAUUUAUGUUGAGUCCCAAAUGAUGGUUUUCUAUAUUGAUGCACACUGUCCGUUAGGGUUAUAGAAGAAAGCCUUUUUUUAAUCUUCAGUGUUGAACCUUGCAGGUGGAUGGUGUGAUUGGGUGAUAUCAUACGUGGCACAUAAUAGGACCUCUCGUCAAGCUCAUCCCCGGUGACGGAAUCGGACCUCUCGUCACCGGCACCAUCGAGCAGGUCAUGGAAGCAAUGCACGCCCCAAUCUUCUUCGAGCGCUAUGAUGUCCAUGGCGACAUGAAGAGCGUGCCUUCGGAGGUGAUCGAGUCGAUCCACAAGAACAAGAUCUGCUUGAAAGGGGGGUUCAAGACUCCAGUCGGUGGUGGUGUGAGUUUGCUCAAUGUUCAGCUCAGGAAAGAGCUCGAUCUUUAUGCUUCCCUUGUCAAUUGCUUCAAUUUGCCUGGUCUGCCUACUUGCGACGAGGAUGUUGAUAUUGUUGUGGUAAGGGAGAACACCGAGGGGGAGUACUCGGGCCUCAAGCACGAGGUUGUCCCCGGCGUCGUCGAAAGCCUCAAGGUUCAACAUGCCUUCUCAGACUCAGAGAGGGAUCGUGGAUAUCUUGUUCCUGAUGAUGUUUAUGAGGCGUUGGUAAAAAUUGGAUUCUCCCUCGACUCUCUUGCAUUUUACACAGUCUGUGAGAGUUUCGAUCAAAAGAAGAAUGGAAGAUUCCGGCUUGAUGACUUCAUAUCUCUUUGUAUCUUUGUGCAGUCUACAAGGAAUAUGUUUAAUUCAUUUGAUACAAGUAAGCAAGACAGUGUCAGUCUCGGUCUCAAUCAAUUUAUAUACUGCAGUGAGUAUACUGACUUCAUGUCAUUUUGUAGUCUACUGUCACAUUUAAAGGCUCCUGUGUUGUCAUUUGAGCUUUCCUAAACUGAGGAAUACCAAACACUAUCAAGUCUUUACACACACACAUAUUAUUCUUACCUGAGUAACCAACCACCUUUUAGUUACCAUCUGCAUUACACAAACUUCUUGAACCAAAGCUGAUGCAGGGUAGAGAACUUGAACCCCUACUAUGAAAUUUCUUUGUUUUUCAUUAUAUUCAUCGAGUACUAACAUGUUUCACCUUGUGGUGUCCUUUCUUCU